AUGCGUAAUCAAGCGAAUGAACUGAAGGCCCUGGAGAGCAUGUUAAGUGAUGCAAGUGCAGAGCCAACAAAGCUAUCAUAUGCACUUUUAAAAUCAGUUACAAGAAAUUUUUCUCGAAUGAUUGGGCGUGCUGGGUUUGGAGCUGUUUACCUGGGAAUUCUUCCAAAAGGGAAAGUUGCUGUGAAGAAGCUCUCUAUAUUGCAGGAUUUAUCUAAUAAUGCAUUCGUGGACGAGAUUGUAUGUUUAAAAAAGGCACAUCAUAGUAAUGUAGUCAGACUUCUAGGCUAUUGUGCAGUUGCACACGGUGAACUGAUGGAAGUGAAUGGAACACAUGUUAUAGCAGAGGAAACACAAAGGUUACUCUGCUUUGAGUAUGUUCCUAAUGGAGACCUUCAGAAUUAUAUUAAAGAGAAAUGUGCUGGACAUGAAUGGCAAAUACGUUACCAAAUGAUUAAGGGGAUUUGCCAUGGUCUACACUACCUUCACAAACAACGCAUUACUCAUUUGGAUCUGAAACCUGAGAACGUUCUGCUGGAUGCUAACAUGGAACCAAAAAUUACAGACUUUGGUCUGUCAAGAUUCCUUGCUGAAGGGGAAUCCAUAAUUGUGACCAAGCAAAUAUUUGGAACACGGGGAUCAAUUGCACCAGAACUUAUUAAUAGUGGUGAAAUAUCAUUCAAGUCAGACAUAUAUGGCUUGGGUGUCAUAAUCACAAAACUAUUAACAAGAGAUAACAACUACGAUUUCGAAAAUUGGCAUAAAACACUAGAGGUGGGCUGCUCACAAGAGAAAAGGUGUGUUGAGAUAGCUCGAAAAUGUGUGGAGUAUGACCAACAUAAGAGGCCUACGAUGGAUGAGAUCAUGCAGGAGCUGAACGAGAUGGAGAACACUAUCCAAGAGAAGAAGCCUUCAGUUGUUCAAAAAUGGAGAAACAACCUGUCGUCUUCGCUGGUAUGA